UAAUUCAUGUGCUGCAAGACCAAAAAGAAGAAUUGGUAGAAUUAAACAACCAAAAAGAGUUAGAAGACCAAGAAUUAGAAAAAAUAAUCUAGUAAUUAUACCACCAAGACCAAAGGGUCUAUAUUAUGCUAAAAUACCAGUAUUAGCUCUAUCAGAUAGUAUGAUUGAUAAAUUAAUAACUUGGAGAGCAAAAAAAUAUCGAGAUAUAUUAAAUAAAAAUGGAAAGGUUACAAAUCAAUAUAAAGAAGAUCUUUAUAUUAAGAGAAUUGGAAGAAAUGAUCAAGUUCAAUAUUCUCUAGUUCAUAAAUUAAUUGAAAUAAGACCAAUACCAAGAUCUAGAGCAUCAACUCCUAAUUAA